CCCCCCGCAGUAUCCCAGCCAAUUAGCAGCGCUGAGUGCCGCCCUUCAUUACGGGGCUCCUCGGGAGCACCGCCGCCACGCCUCCAUCCGGGCUCCGUCCCUUUAAGGGAAGUAAAUCCGGCCCGCGGGCGCGGCCAGGGCGGGGCGCGCGGCGUGUCCCUCCGCGGGCGUGUCCCUCUGCUCGCGCGGCCCGGCACAGCGAGGCGGGAGUCGGCUCCAGACCGCGGUGGUCCUAAGGCGGCCAGCAGUGGGACAGCCUAGAGAAGAGGACCCUGGGGUGCUGACAUCCAGUUCUGAGCAGGUGUUGGAAGUCCACUAAGAGGACCAGAGAGGAGACGCCUAGAUGGUACCUGGGACUGUGCGGGGAGGAGUGUGACGGGCUGUGGCCAGCCUAGGUCUCUGUGCUGGAGGAAGUGUGUUUCCAACAGAAAGCAGUUCAUCUUGACAGACCUCUGGGUGACCACAGCAUCCCUCCCUCCGUGGUCUCUGCUGCGCCUUCUGAGACACAAGUGCCACCAAGAUGGCCAACCCAUUUCUGAAGCAAGUGUUCAACAAGGACAAAACGUUCCGGCCCAAGCGCAAGUUCGAGCCCGGAACACAGCGCUUUGAGCUCCACAAGCGUGCGCAGGCAUCGCUGAACGCUGGACUAGACCUGCGGCUGGCGGUGCAGCUGCCACUAGGUGAGGACCUCAACGACUGGGUGGCUGUGCAUGUGGUGGACUUCUUCAACCGUGUCAACCUCAUCUACGGCACCAUCAGCGAUGGCUGCACCGAGCAAUCGUGCCCGGUUAUGUCCGGGGGCCCCAAGUAUGAGUACCGCUGGCAGGAUGAGCAGCGCUUCCGGAAGCCCACGGCGCUCUCCGCGCCCCGCUACAUGGACCUGCUUAUGGACUGGAUUGAGGUGCAGAUCAACAACGAGGACAUCUUCCCCACCAAUGUCGGCACACCAUUCCCUAAGAACUUCCUGCAGGCAGUGCGCAAGAUCCUGUCGCGGCUGUUCCGUGUGUUUGUGCACGUGUACAUCCACCACUUCGACCGCAUAGCGCAGAUGGGCUCCGAGGCACACGUCAACACAUGCUACAAACACUUCUACUACUUCGUCACCGAGUUCAACCUCAUCGACCCCAAGGAGCUGGAGCCCCUGAAGGAGAUGACCUCACGGAUGUGCCACUGAGGCCCCCUGGCCACCAGGACUCAGGAAGACAGCUUGGGCGCCCCUGUCAGCUUUGUUCAGCCUGGGUCUCAGGAGCGUCACCUCAAAUGCCGCUAUCAGAGGACCAGAAGGACUCUGGCUCCUCCCUCCAUCUCCGACCUGUGCUGGACUUGAAAUCUAUAAUACUGCAUCCUCUCAGCCACCAGGCUCACACCGUGUCUGUGCCACAGCCUCUGGCAGGAGGCAGGAUCCGGAGCCAUUGCCAACUACCCCCCUGUCCCGUCUCCAUGCCUGUCCAGCCUUGCCCCAUGGCCUUAGUAUGUGUGGCCACAGCUCUGUCCCCUUCUUCCUAGCCUGGAAGGAAGGUGGCAUCCGGUCUCCUCUGCAGAGCCACACUCUGUGUGGUGAGCACAUGGAUGCCCAGCGGCCACACAUCUAAAGAUGUAAUAAUGAGCCAUGUCCUCCACUGCCCAGCUCUGCCCUCUGCUUGUACUUCUGGACAUCACGCAUUGCCAGAACUUUCCACUCAUUCUGCCUGGCCCUUCUGAAUGGCGCCCUCUCCAACCCCCCACCCCCAGGCAGGAUUCCCAGUAUGGAGUGUUCUGAGGUGCCUUUGCAGGACCAGGAGGGUACAGGUGCUGCAUGCAGAGGUCUCGGAACUCUGGAGGCAGAUGUAGGAGGAGUGCUACAAAUUCAAGGCCCCUCUGGCCUCCACACUGAGAAUCAGGCCUUCAGGGUCUCAUAACAAGAUUGUAUUUAAGAUCCCCCGCCCCCCAAAAAAACAAACUUUAAAGGAAGCUGGGCGGUGGUGAUGCACACGUUUAAUCCCAGCACUUGGGAGGCAGAGGCAGGUGGGUCUCUUUGAGUUGAGACCAACCUGGCCUAGAGAGCUAGUUCCAGGACAGCCAGGGAUAGUAUACAGAGAAACCCUGUUUCAAAAAAAAAAAAAAAAACGAACAAAAAAGAAAGGUGUGACCUCAACCCCCAUGUGAAAGCCAGGUGUGGUAGCAUUUGUCAUCCCAGCUUCGGUCAUAUUCUACAUCCCAAGUGUGCAGAUUAAAAAGGAUGUCAGACACAACACCCAGACCAUUCAGAAAUGUCUGUGUUUUGUUUCAGUUUUUAAGACAGGAUCUCAGACUAUCCCUGGCAGACCUGGGACUCAUGUAGCACAGACUGGCUUCAAACUCCCAGAUCUACCUACCUCUGCCUCCCCAGCACUGGGAUUCAAGACAUGCCCUUCUGGAGAUCUUAGAGAAAAAGUUUAGCCUGUUUCUAGUGGCUGCCCUCUUGGGUGCAGUGCCCAGUCCAACCAGAAUCCAGGAAUGAAUUUUCACAUUAUUUCAGCAUCUGCUGAGGUCAGCAUUCCUAGGGGGUCGCAACAGGGGCAUUCCUUCAGUGGCAGCCUGUUGUGACCCUAGGGGCCACAGGACCAAACUCCCACUGACUCCUCUCUACCAUGCCGUGGAGGACAUAGCAGGGUGUGACUGUCCGCAGCACCAGUCUUUGACCCUCUGGCCUUUCCCUUGAGACCUGUACACUGUGAAGGCCCCAGGGAAUUCUGGUUAUUUUCCCAAAUCUGGGAGGCUGUCACUGAACCAAAUGAGCACAGUUAGCAAGAAGUCAAUGCCUGAGCCCUUCAAAGCCUGAUGCUGCAGCCCUGGAAGGACCCAAGGACCAGCCCUCAAGGCUUGACGGAAUGUAUCUCCCACCUGCAAGGCUGGGCCACUGUGCCAAAUCCCAGCAGCCCACACACCAGCCCAGGGAGGGGUCCAUACUGCCUUAUCCAUCCCACCUCAAUUCAAGCCUAAGAAUAAAGCGGUCAUCUUGACACUCUG